AUAUCUACAUACGAACAAUCUGAACGGCACGAUACCGUCCACACUAGCCAACCUGUCAGACCUCGGAGAUCUACUCCUGCGGUACAACAAAUUGACCGGCACAAUUCCUGAAUCGCUUUACACUCUCACAAACUUAAACACGUUUAAUCUUCUAGACAACUACCUCACUGGCUCGGUGUCUACGAAAAUAGGCAACCUUGAAGCAUUGAUGGCCGUGAACAUUGGCUACAACUACCUGACAGGCCCUAUUCCUGACUCUAUUGGCAGGCUCACGAAUCUGAACGAAUU